AGAGGAAAAACAAACAGCAUUUGAAACUAACAAGGCAAAACAAACAGAAGAGGGAGGUCUCUACCCUGCAACUAAGUCUCACAUCUCUGAUCUCUCUCACACACAACACAACACAACACAACAGAGAUUCAUUGAGAUCAGAUUCCCCUUCUCUUCUCUUCUCUUCUUUUCCAUUUCAAUUUCCACCUCACCUCACCGCAUGCUCUCUACACCCUCCCACACCUGAUCCCACCCCCUCCAUCUUCAUCCUCUGAAUUCCCCAAUUUCAUCGCAACCACCACCAUGAACGAUUUCGAUGGCCUCUUAGCCUCCGAUUACGGCUUCAAACCGCAAGGAAAAUCCGCACCAAUGGCAUCCUCUCAAUCCAAACCCCCUUCUUCUUCCAACUUCGAUUUCGGAUCCCGAUCCUCCCGCACCUCCGAUUCCCUAUUCGGAUCCUCCAACAACAACCCCCGCGCCACCUCCUUCGACGAUCUAUUCCGAUCUGAACCACCGCGCUCAGACAGCGCGCCGCUCGAUUUUGACUCCAUGUACCGCGGAUCCUCCGGCGGCUCUGAUUUCCCCUCCCGCUCCGUGAACUCGCCGCCGCCGGUGUAUGACAAGCCGGUGUAUGACGACGAUGAUGACGUCUUCGAUGGCGUGCCGGGGCUGAGGAGCUCGUCGACCAAGGUUAAAUUCGAUAACGUCUUUGCGCCGGCGAGUCCGGACGGUGGCGCGUUCGAUGAUCUUCUCGGCGGGUUUGGCAAGGAAUCGAAGGAUAGAAAGAGAUCCGAGAAGCAUGAUAGAGGUGGUUCUGAUUUUGACGAUUUGCUUGCUGGGUUUGGAAGCAGUAAGCCAUCUAGUGACAGGCAUGCUCCUGAUGUUGGUUUGUCCUCAGAACCACCUGCCAGUGCAUCUAAAACAACCUCCACUGUUGCUGAAGAUCCUUUCAAAGUAUUUGAAUCAGCUUCAUCCCCAGUGGAUAAACCCACAGGCCACUUUACAGAUCCAUUGGAAGAAAUUAGUAAAUUUAGUAGUUCUAGAAGCACAAAAUAUGAUAGUUCUUCAACUUCAAAUGGCAAAGUAUAUGAAGACAUUGAUCCUUUUGAUGGGCUUGGAAAAUCUGUCCCUGCAUUCUCAUCAGAGAGAAAUAGCAAGAAGGGUAGCACUUCUCCGAGUUUGAACAAAAGCAGAAGUUGGGCUAGAGAUGAAGAACCACUUGACAAUUCAUCUGAUACGAAUCUUGGAAGGUACCCACAAAACAGCAUUCCUGUUGAAAAUGGUCAGGAGUUUCCGCAGGCUCCAUCUUACAUGCCUACAUUUUCAUCUAAUUCUAAUAAACCAGUUGGCCAAAGGUCUACUUCCCCUCCUCCAUAUGAUAAUGUUGGUUUUAGACAAGCCAAUAUUCAGGUUGACAUGUCUCCCAAAUAUGAAGAAAACUUAGAAUCAAGUGAGGAUAUAUGGCUGACAGUGUCAGAAAUUCCUCUUUUUACACAACCAACAACUGCUCCACCACCUUCAAGACCUCCUCCUCCACGGCCAGUACAUAUUCCCAAGUCAGGAGCUGGUUCAUCAGCUUCUACCAAUGCUAGGAAGCAGGCCAGUGAAUUUUCAUCUUUCCCAAGUUCCACUCGAUUUUCUCAGGCUCCUAAGUCUGCUCCAGCUGCAGCAACGGUAUCCCCAACAUCUCAGUUUGAUGAACUUGAUGAUUUUGCCAUGGGCAGAAGUCGUGGUAAUGAUAGUGAGAGUGGAAAUGGUCUUCCUGAUGAAGAAGUAGAGAUGAACUCAGCUGCUGCAGCUAUGAAAGAGGCAAUGGAUAGAGCUGAAGCUAAAUUUAGGUAUGCAAAGGAAGUUAGAGAGAGAGAGUCUACAAAAGCUGCUAGAAGCAAAGAAACUGUGGAAUUGGAAAAAGAUGAGAGAGGUAUGCUAGAGGAGAGAGAAAAACAGUUAAGGUUAGAACGUGAGCGGCAGCAGAAGGAGAGAGAGGAAAAGGAGCAAAGAAGACUAAUGAAAGAAAGAGAGGAAAAAGAAAGAGAACAACAACGGCGGGAGAGGGAAAAGGCAAGGCAGGCUGUAGAAAGAGCUACUAGAGAAGCACGUGAAAGAGCAGCUGCUGACGCACGCCAAAGAGCUGAGAGGACUGCUGUUGAGAAAGCUAAUGCUGAAGCUCGAGAGCGUGCUGAAAGGGCUGCAGUUCAAAGGGCACAAUCUGAAGCCCGAGAAAGGGCUGCUGCUGACGCAAAGGAAAGAGCUGAAAAGGCUGCUGCAGAGGCAAAAGACAGGGGCGCACGUGAAAGAGCUGCAGUUGCAAAGGCUGAAGCUGAAGCACGUGUUAGAGCUGAACGUGCUGCUGUAGAAAGGGCUGCUGCUGAGGCUCGGGAAAGGGCUGCUGCUGAAGCCCGAGAAAGGGCUGCAGCUGCUGCAAGGAUGAACCAGCAAAAGAAUGAUAAUGAUCUCGAGUCCUUCUUUGGCGGUGGACGACCCAGCAGUGCUCCAAGACCUCCUAGGACUAACUCUACUGAAUCUGCAUUUGAACCCCAAUUUCAGGCAGACGUAACAAGGAAAUCUACGGGUGCAUCUUCAAGUAUGAAAAAAGCAUCGUCAUCCACUAAUAUUGUUGAUGAUCUUUCCUCAAUUUUUGGAGCUGCUCCUCCAUCAUCUGGUGAGUUUCAAGAUGUUGAAGGGGAAAGUGAAGAAAGGCGAAGAGCUAGGUUGGAACGCCACCAGAGGGCUCAUGAGCGUGCGGCAAAAGCUUUGGCUGAGAAGAAUCAGCGAGACUUACAAACUCAAAGAGAUCAAGCUGAGAGAAAUAGGAUUGGCGAGACACUGGAUUUUGAAAUCAAGCGUUGGUCUGCAGGAAAAGAGGGGAACUUACGAGCUUUGCUCUCUACCUUACAAUAUGUACUGUGGCCUGAAUGUGGUUGGCAGCCAGUUUCUUUGACUGAUUUGAUUACAGCUGCUUCUGUUAAAAAAGCCUAUAGGAAAGCUACAUUGUGCAUUCAUCCUGAUAAAGUACAGCAGAAGGGUGCCACCCUUCAGCAGAAAUAUAUUGCCGAGAAGGUGUUUGAUCUACUAAAGGAAUCCUGGAAUAAAUUCAAUUCUGAGGAGCUUUUCUAGUCUUUGAUGAAGAAUUUAUCUUCUUUGGUUUGACGAUUCUGUUCAGGGGAUGAUAACCCUGUUACAGCUACCUCCCCCAAUUGCAUUUUUGUUUUGAUCGAAGCUAUGAUGAUGCAUUGAUGGUGAUUGGUGAAAUGUCGGUUCCUUCCUUGUCUAGCGUCUCUUGGGUGUAAUUGAUGUUCUUCCAGGGGGUUGUUGGGUUCCUACAGAUGAUGUUUUAUUAAUGUAGCAUGUUUUGUUGAUGAUGUAAAAUAUCCUUUUGUGCUAUAUCAAUUUUAUUUUAUUCAUUAUCCCUCUCUAGUGAGGGCUUUUUCUUUUUUGUUUUCUGGUUCCAGAGUGGACCCCCCAUGAUGUGGGUCUUUUUAACUUGUGAUAUAGUACACGAUGUCUUGAAUAUAUGUACCACCAUAUUGUGGAUUUACAACAUAAGCUGAGAUUGAUACAUGGAUCUUCACUCAAGCUUAUGCAUUUUAUACAUGAAAAUUUCUUUGUUA